AUGGGCAAACAGCGUAAAGGAGGUCUUCCAUAUCUGAAAUCAUCACUCAAAAUCAACUGGAAUUCAGGGCAAGGUGUACCAGUCGAGGAACAGAAGUCGUUGAUAUCGGAUGUUUUGAGCUAUUUGGAAGAAAAAGGAGACCAAGACGAGCAGUCUGAACCGCCAGAUCGAAGCGUUCUGAACGUUGUCACCGCAAAUGCUGGUUAUGGGCUCCAAGCCUGCAUAGACCUUUCAAAAACCGAGACGGCUCCUAUUGUUUUCCUGGAUUCUAUCUGCCCUCGUCCUAGCGCUGUCUCGAAUGCACUCGGCCUCUACUUCAGUAACUAUGCUGACAGUGUGAAAGUAUACUGCCUUCAAGGAAUCGAAGAACUUCUAUGGGAUAAGCUCAAUCGAAAAACAAAUGCUUUUGUGGUCAAGCAUUGUCCACAGCAGCUCAGAGAGCGGUUAGAAGAAGUGCUUACCCCAAUGCAUAUUCAAACAGGGCGGCAGGGCUCUUCUCUUACUCCCAUUUCCCUGGUGAAGUCAAUGGGAAAGCCUGAAAAGGUGAAGAAGAAGAAGUGA